CCAGAUGACUUUGUGAGUCACACUGCAUAGCAGUCAGUCGCCUUGCUGAGUCAUUUCUACUUCCUGAGAAAUCAGUUACGGAAAAUUUACUUCAAACGUGCUGCUCCUCAGAGCAUGGAAUCCCCGUACCCUGAAAGGAGUGAUGUCUUGGUGCUUUCAGGAGUCAUGGAAGAUCUUUUCCAAGGAGAGAAUCGGCACUGAAUGAGGGGAAAAGGAGUUCGCCAUUAAUAGCAGAAGGAAAUAAGGACAACUAAAUUAAAGAGCUCAAGUUAUGCUUCACAUAUAUGUUGGGUAAAGGGGCAAAACGAAAGUUUGCCGAAAAUGAAGAUGGGCUGGAAGGCAAAACAACAUGUCCUGGGGAAGGGCCAUCUAAGGUAUCUUAUGCCUUACAACGUCAGACUAUUUUCAAUAUUUCCCUCAUGAAACUGUAUAAUCACCGGCCUUUGACAGAACCUAGCUUGCAAAAGACAGUGUUGAUUAACAACAUGCUUAAGCGCAUUCAAGAAGAACUCAAACAAGAAGGCAACUUGAGGUCCAUGUUUAUUGCCACUUCACAGCCCACUGAUCCACUUACUGACAACUAUAGAGAGGUUCAGCCUGCUUUCAGCCAUCUCACCUCACAGCCUUCACACCCUCCUGUCUUAGGAAGCACUACACCACUGGAAUCUUGCCUCACCCCAGCCUCUUUACUAGAGGAUGACACUUUUUGCACUUCUCAAACUGUCCAACUUGAUGGCGCUACGAAACUGCCACCACCACCUCCACUACCACCACCACAAACCAUCAGUGACAGUUUUACUUCAGCCUUGGAUGAAAUUGAGGAACUUUGCCCAACGCCUACCUCAGGAGAGGCAGUUGUAUCAACAGACUCUAAAGAGAUCUGCAGUGACACUGACAUUCAGAAGUGUGAAGGUUCCCAGGAGAGUAAAGUAACAGACUCAAAAUUACUGGACUCCUUACCUGGCAAUUUUGAGAUCACAACAUCCACGGGCUUUCUUACAGACAUAACCUUGGAUGACAUUCUUCUUGCUGACAUUGACACGUCCAUGUAUGAUUUUGACCCCUGUACAUCAUCUACUGGAGCUACCUCAAAAAUAGCUCCAGUAACAGCAGACGACCUCUUGAAGACUUUAUCUCCAUACAACAAUCAGCCAGUUACCCCAAGUCAGCCUUUUAAAAUGGACCUUACAGAACUGGACCACAUAAUGGAAGUGCUUGUUGGGUCUUGAUCCAAGACAGAUUUCUCAGAAUAUUUUUGUGCUGUUUUGUAUACUCCAUGUCUUUGGAAACGUACAGAUUAACAACACUGUGCAUGCAUUUUUGCUUGCCUUUUACGAAACGAGGAUCACACUAGUUUUUGCUUCGAGCAGGGUUGGAGUGCCUUCAUACAUUUAUGACCACUUUUGACUAUUAUGGCCCUGCCACUUCGAUGGAUGUACCAUUGACUUGAUAUUUCAUUUAAAAUGGUCUAAGACAAAGAUGAGACUACCUAGUCUAACAGAAGAUAGAUAAUUGUAGAUGAUAUAAUUAUGUUCUGGUGCAAAGACUAAACUAUAAAUGCUAAGCACAAGAAUUAUGCGGGGGAAGCUACAAAAUGCAUGUGCAUAUUUUCUAUUUUUUCAUUAAGUUUUAUUGCAAAAGGUAAAAUGUUAUCAUUUAGAGCAUCUCAGUAGCUUUCUUUUUGCAUUUUUAUUCCUUUUUUAGAUUGAUUUAGCAAUUUUGCCCUUUAGGGGUGUUUGCCUACUCCAAUUAAGUGUUGCAUUUAAUGGCUGAUUGAAACUGCUGCCCAAAUUUAUUUUAUAUUUUUGUACAAAUUCUGCAGUUAGUGAUAUUGUUUUCUAAAGAAAGAAAGAAAGUGCUGUUUAUACACCUGAAAAAAAAUAGAUAUUUUAAUAGGAGUUGCUUAUAUGGAUCCUGCUUUCUUCAGACAUGCAAAGGAGGGUUGUACUUUUAUAAAAAGAGAUGUAACAUAUUUUAUAUGUGAUGCGAGAAGAAAUCAGAUCAAAAGCCUACAAUAGAUUUCCAUGAAUGCAAGUGCAGUAUAUAUGCUUUAAGAAAGGUAUGGAGGCUUCUUGCCAGAAUUAAGUAGGUAUUUAGUUGUUGAGCUGAACAGUGCAGCAUGAAAUCCAUUCAUUUAUGUGAUGGGACAGUUGACUUUGAUAUUAAUUCUUUGCCAUACUGUAAAGGGCUGACAGAUUAAUUGAGAAGCUUAUUGUAUGUCAUGAAGGACAACCUCUAUAUAUCUUGUACGACUGUUUCAGAACUGAGCUAGGUACACCAGAUGAACUUCCUGCAAAACAUUUGUUUGUACUGUCAAUGCCAUUUUAGGUGUAUAUUUGUUGCUGCAAUUUUAAAACCUUUUUAUAGACUUUAUUACUUUAUUAUUGUUUUAACCUUUCAGUAGCUCAUAUUCUUUGAAAAUGAGUUACAUUCCCAAAAGAGUAAUAUUUUAAAUAUUAACCCAAUAGUGUUUCAUAUUAAAAGUAGCAUACCUGUUACCAAGAUUAUAAACAAGUAUUGUACAGCAUGGAUCCAUUUGUCCUUUCUUGAAACAUUUUCCCCAUUAUAUUAAAGAUGACGAAUGGAAGAAUUUUAAUUAUGUCAGUAUUGCUGUAGUAAAAACUCUGUGCUGCAGAAUAUGCUGUGUCUGGUGCAUUGAUAAGUUCUCAGUGCUUGCAGCAUUGACUGACAUUUCAGUAUGGCUAAUGUUUUUUUUUUUUGUAGCUGCACAGACAGUUUUACCAUUUGCAGAUCUUUUUUGUAGUCAGUAUAUAAACAGAAACACUUCUAUGCAUGCCAGUUCCCAUACCAUUGAUAAUUAUUCAGAAAGGCCUACCUUACUGCACCUUAAGCGUAUAUUAUUCAUCCUGUUGUACAGCUAAUUCAGAAAUAUUUGUAUCAUGACACACCUGUUGCCAAAAUUACUAUGGCAGUAAAGUUUAACGGUACAUUAGCAGAUGAGUGCAGGUUACAGCCUAUAUUGUUGAAAUGCAUAUAGCUUUGUUAGGAAUAACUUUUAUAUUAAUUUAUUCAAGAUUUUUUUUUUAAAUUAUGUUUUUGUCAUUCAGCAAUAUUCAGUACAUUCUGCUCUCUUCUUAUCAUGGAAAGACUUGGUGGUUCUGUCUGUGAAAUGGCACUUUAAAAAUGCUAUAGUUCGAGACAUUUACAAAAGAAGGAAAAAUAAAAGAAUCCAGAUGAAGGACACGGUCCUAGCUUGUUCAGAUCAGUUAUACAUUGUCCUUAAAAUGCAAUAUUUUAGAUGAUUAUUUGUGGGUCCUAAAUGUCUUCUAUAAGUAAUUUAAAAUUAAAAAAUAUUGUGAUGAUUAAAAGCGCAGUUGCAGUUUACAGGACAGCUACAUUCAUUCCCUUCCCAUGCUGUAUAUCGAGGUUUGUGUUGCUCCAUCUUCUCGAAACAAAAGCAGACAAAAUGUCAUGACCCGAUGGCAAAAUAAGGGACCAUUUUGAUGUAGUUGAAAAAAGACAGUCAUAUGCUACAGGUUGCAAAAAAUAUUCAUGUAACCGCAUUCAGUCCUUCAUUCCCACUAGAAAUAGCUUUGCCCAGUAAAAUAAUGCACACAGCUACAUUACAAGAGCAAACAAAAUGACUGCGCUUACAGUAUUUGUGUGUGUAUAUGUCAGCAUAUUGUACUACUGACAAUUGUUUAAUGAAAAAAAUUGCAUUUGCUAUAAUGCUGGCACUGCCCUAUUUAUCUACCAGUUGCUGAAUUCGGCCAGGCAAUAACUUGUUAGUUUGACACUAAACAUAAUCAAAAUGAAAAGACAGCUUGCAAGUAUGUUGUGUUACCCCGUACACAUUCUUUAUCAUUUUUGGGGUUUACCUUGUGGCAGUAUGUAUCAUGCUGCUGUUAUUAUUUUGGAAACAAACUAACGGCAACAAUAAACUGUGGAAGAAAGCCAUGUAUUUUAUUCAAUACAUAAUAUAUAUUUUUUCAGAGCUUUAAAUAAAGAGGCAUUCAGCAGGUGGCAGUGUGGUACUUGCACUGCAGUAUAAGGCAGUGAUUGUAAUAAGAAGUUAUUACAGCUUAGUGUAUCAUUUCCCUGAUACAAGUUAUUGUUGAAGGACCGUGCCAGUAAUAAGUUGUGCUUCCGCAGUUUUCUUAUAAUUUGGUGACUCUUCAAAGAUUACUAGCAACAGUUGUAUAACCACCUAUAACAAAUGCUAUUUCCUUCUAAAAUCUGUAAUUUAAACACGGUUAGCAAAACUAGUGCUAUUCUGCCAAUCAAGGGCGUUACUAAAUGUGGGGAUAUACAGCAAUGCAGCCAGAAACUAGCAAAAAUAAAUAACGUAAAAGUAGUGUAAACAUACAUAGUCCCCAUGAUUAACAAGAAGUUAAAGUGUACAAGGACCUGUGAGUGCUAAACCUAUUUCUUCUGAGUCCUAUAAGCAUAUUGGCAACAUACUUACUCUGGAGUGUAUGAACAAAACAGUUACAGUCAUGCUUUUAUUUUCUUGACAUUUGCAUAAAGUGUGCAUGUUGUUAAUUUAAAAACAUUGAAGGAGGCAAACAGUCAUCACAAAUCUAGCUGGAAGUCAGGUCAAACGUAGUUGGCAUAAUUAAAUUGACAGUGCAUUGCCUAGAAUGUUUGCAUGGAAAAUGGUCUUCUUUUGGUGAUGGGGGAAAACAUGAGGGGGGUUCUUGCAGGAUGGUGGCAUUAUUGUACUGCAAGGAUGAUUACUGACAUGAAAGGUGUUCAGCAGUAGAGAAGUGUCAAUGUGCAAUGAAGUGACCUGAAGAGAGCAGAAAAAAAAAAGUAUUUGGUUUUGAAGUGAUUUAUAUAUAUUUUUUUUUUGUUUUCCUAAGUUAUUUAUUUUUAGUUCUACUUGUGUAAAUAUAUUUAUUUUAUUAUGAAGCUAACACCAUCUGAAUUUUAACUUGUAGAAAAUGUAUGGUGGAAUGUACUCCUCUAGGAAUGUAAAUGUGUCCAGAAAGGGGAUGAGUUGUACUCGCUAUCAGUAAAUUAGUCGUCUUUUUUUUUGUUUUGUUUUUUCUUUUCUUUCUUUUUUUCUUUGUCAGAUGCACAGUUUACACUGGUUCCUUACUUGCUUUUCCAGUAUAUGCCUAUCUUUAUAGACUAGCCCCUUCUUUACACUUGUUAAGACACCAGAAACUCUGCAGUUAUUUUUUACUGUUGUGCUUGGCCCAGGUUUCCUUUACUAAUAGUGGUCCUUUCAAACCUAUGUCUUCUAUGAAACUACAACAGAAAGAAGGACACAGUGUAGCAUAUAACUGAUAGAGCUGCAUUUCUGUUUUUUGUUUGUUCUGUGCCAGUACACCUAGCUGGAAUCAACAGUUUUUCAGUAUUUUCCCAUAACCAAGCCAUAUGUAUUAUAAAGUAUUCUCUUCUGGCACAGCAUAAAACAAAUGUCUAUAGUUUUUGUACAUCGUUGUUCAGUGAAGUAAGUAUUAAAAUGCUUAAUAUUAUUAUUAUAUUUUUUGUUAAGUAGGGCUGUGCUGUCAGUACAGACUGUUGCCUUGCACUGUGAAUAUCCCAUAUGUGAAUACAGAAAUGUUGCAGUGGUACCUUUUAUAAGACUCUGCUGUUUGAGGUACAAACUGUUAAGAGAAGUUAUGUGUAGUCAUUCUGCACUUAAAGCUCCAUGCAGGUGUCUUGGGUGCAUGCUUUCAGAGCAUGUACAUAGCAUUUUAUUUGCUGACCCAUAAAUGCAGCAUUUGAUAUGUCACUUAGACUCCAUGUGCAUAAAGCUUGCCUCCAAAGUAAUUGAUGUGAACAUUUGUGUUGAAAUUAUAUCUAUUUCUUGGCCCAGUUUUGCCAGUAAAAUCCCCUAACUGUAUUACAUAAAUUGGUCCUAAGGUAUGCCGGUUCCAAGCGUACAUUAUAACUGAAGUGGGCUUUGUAUCACAGAGAAAUGUGGCAGUGCUGGUGGGUAAGUAAACAUUGUGAACUGUGCAGACAGGCACUAGAAGGGUUUCUAUUUCUGUCAAAAAUAAAGGCUGUAUUUUUUCACAGAUCUUAGAGCUGUGCCUUUUUCUAUGCAAUAUUACAGACAUAUACGUUUGAAACCAGAUUACUGUAUUCACAUGUAGGUAUGGACUGUAAUUAAAAAUAAUUGGACAAAUGUACAUGGAAUUGAGCAGUCUUACUUUUGUAGUUUUAUAUUAUACAAUAAACUGCUAAAAUGUG